UUUUGUUUUGGAUUAUUGGUCGUGUGAGAAAUCCUGAUUUGGUGGUCCGCCUGGUAAAUUGUGCUCGUCACAGGAAAAUAGGAUGUCUAAAAGUCCCACCAUGUCAAGUUUAAAGGAGAAUCGGCUUGCCGCUGCUCUGUGCUAAAUUGUGAAGCCGUGUAACUGUAACAGUUCACCUUUCCUAAACAGGUGUUGCUUUAGUUUUCGGCCAGUUUACGGCGCAGGAACCUUCGCCCUAUGUAACUUAUAUUUUUCUAAUAUGCUGAAAUCGUCAGUCUCGUCUGGAAAGACGAGCAAGAUCAUGGUAUGCGGACACAGGAAUACCGGAAAAACGUCAAUCAUUGAACAGCUCAUAUAUGGGCACAAUCCCUCCAAAGGAGAAGCUCAACCCACGGUCGAGGACAUUUACGUUGCUUACAUUGACAACGACCGAGGAGGGAAGGAGAAAGUGCAGUUCUUCGACUCCGCUGGGGUGGAUUCUUCAUGUGCAGAGGUUUCCAAGGCCCAUCUGUCCCAAGCAGACGGUGUUGUUUUGCUGUAUGCCAUCAACCAGAAGGAAUCGUUCCUGCUUUUGGAGCAGCUCAAGAAAGACAUAGACAAGCACAAGGAGAAAAAAGAGCUAGCAUUUUUGGUCAUCGGGAACAAAGCAGAUCUGAACUCGGAGAGGCAAGUGGACAUAAAGUCAGCCAUCAGUUGGGCCACUAAGGAAAGAGUGCGCCUGGUAGAAGUUUCUGCUUUCGACCGCAAAUCUCUCAUCGAGCCUUUUGUCUACCUGGUGUCCAAGAUCAACCCCCCUCCGAGCAAAUCAACAUUCCCCCAGCUGGGCCGCAAAGGCAAGGCCGGCAGCAUUACCUUGGAGCUAUGAUGGGCCUGACUUGCCUGUCCUGGACAAGCCCUGAUCUCAGUCUAUCCCCACAACUCACAUUUUCGUGCACCUCUAGGUUGUAGAUCCUCCAGGAAGUAACUACCGUAUAUACGCGUGUAAUGGCCGCAGGUAUUUUUUUAUGAUUUCGGGCUAGAACUAGGGGUGCGGUCAUUACACGGAGAAAAAUGGAAAAGUUUUUUGGAAAUCAUUUUUUUUUCCGCCAAAAGUUUCACUACUUGCCUUCAUUAAAUGGAACUACUCACAUGCCUUGGUAGAACAAGAAAACAUUUAUGGGUAUUGCAUAGACAGGCGUGCAAAGUCCUUUUCACUCCUCCGUAGUAGAUUACUCAUUUUUGGAACUUGUCUCGGCGUCUCGUCGGCGUCGACACCGAACUUUCGCGCGGCUUUCGCGCGGCUGCUUUUUUGCUGUUGUCUUGAGCAAAGGCAAUAACUUUGAGUUUAAAGUCGGCUGUGUAACUUGUGUACUUCCCCAUCCAGAAGCCUGAAGUGGGUGACAGCGGUAAACCGGGGGUGCUCGCAAACACAAAGAGAUGCACUGUGUCUAGUUCGAGAUUGUUUGAGAUGAAGCGAGAGGCAUAAACAGACGGGGCAGAGUGCCUCAAUGUUGUUGGCUGCUGCAGCCGGGUAGGCACCAUCUGCCGGCAGUACUUAAAAAAAAAAUGGCUGCACCAAAGAUUUUAAAAUUGUAGGUGUGGCCUAUACACGGGUAAUUUUUAAAUAUAGUUUUUUCGGCUUUUUUUUUUUUGUUUAAAGUUAGGGGUGCGGCCAUUACACGCGUAUAUACGGUAAGUUGGGUAGUGAGCCGCGAUUCAGCAUGCAGCUAUGCAAAGCAAAUUGACUUUUUAUGUCUUGCUAAAACGUGCACUUUAUAGCAGCAUUGAAGCCUCACUUAUAAAAUUGCAAGUGGUCAUGCACGGGUGUCUUUUUGUGUAGUGCUUCCCAAGUGUCGAAGAAGAAGUGAUUUUAAUUGUAAAAGGACAUUCUGUGUGCUUACUUGACAAGUUGUGAUCACUUUCCAUGCACUCUGUGUCCCCAGAAAUGUAAACAUAUACUAAUUCCGAGUGAAAGAUUCAGGAAAUGUAUUACUCCGCUAGAGGUGGAGGUGGACUACCCAGUGACUGAGUAGAGAAUCAUCAUCUAGGGCAGCCUUUCUAACUGAAUGGUGCUUGGUUGCAAGUUUGAUAUUUAUCCUUCUUGUAUUUCUAGGCAUCUCUUUGCUUCAGUUGAGCAGCUUUUUUUUUUUU